AUGGAGUUCCAGGAGUUUAGCUGGCUCUCUAUGGUGGCUCUCUUCUUAGCCUCCUUGCUCAUUGUGCUUAGGUGGCUGAUCCAGCAUUCCUGGACUUUACUGCAGCAGUGGAAAUCCAGAAAAUCAUCCAAAGAGACAACAUGGCAGAAGAAACAGCAGGUCCUCCUCACACACCCCCUCCAGAGCCAUGCUGGAGGGGUGUGGGGCUUCCUGCUGAAGCUCCGCUCUGGGAAGGAUGGGAGACCUGCAUCUGAGGCCGGAGUUAAAGGCUUGCUGACCUCUCUGUUCUCCUUCAAGUCCUUCAAGGAGCACUGGCAGAGGACCUGGGUGAAGGCCCUGAACGAACAAGCUCAGAGACAUGGGGAAUCUGGAAUCGAUAGAAACCGGAAUCGAAACAAGGAAUUGGAAUCGGAAUCGUUCAAAAUCAAAGGACGCCCAACUCUAGCGAGCUCCCUCCAGAUCACUUUUGACAGCAGCCUCCAGCUCACCGCUGCUUCUGCGAUAGAUAGUGUGACCUGCACAGACCAGUCACCAAACAGGACCGUGUUGUUAUGUAACUGUUGGGUAGACACGCUGACGUUCCCUGUGACGGUCACCCAGCAGUCACCUGCUGCUGUUUCCAUGGACACCUACCACAUCACUACUGCACCUAUGAUGGCAGAGGUGGAGGUGCUCCUCAAGGAGGUGGAGGACGAGGGUCUGCUGAUAUCUUGGACUCUGUCCAAGCAGCCGUCCUUCACCCUGACGGUGUCCCCGUGUAAGCUGCAGAGGCAGGGUGCUGAGGCAGAGGCAGACCUCGAAACGAUCAAAGGAAUGAUAGAAGACACCCUCUUCAGCACUCAGCCAGCCAUGGUGCUAAACCUCAAGACUUCUGCUUCUGUCAGUUUGUCUCCUGUGGACCACCUCUCAGUGGGAGUGAACGCCACUUCCCACAGCGUCUUGGUGAGACGCCUCCUCCUCCGGCAGCUCAGGGUGACCUUAAGUAAAGGUCAGUGGUCCAGAUCAGGAGAGCUUUGCUGCAUCCUCACCCUGGACCAACCUUCUGCAGAAAGGAAAACCUGCUUCCUGCCGGUGUGCACCAACACCAACACUGUCCUAGAAUGGAGUGAAGAGAUGACACUGGAGCUGAACCCUGAAACCACAGAGCUCAGAAUAAGGCUCGUGGAGCGGAGCGGCACAAGAGAACAGUUUCUUCCGGGCCACGCAUCCAUCGCUUUGAACCUUCAAAACAAAAUCCCCACAGGCCAGCAUGUUGUGUUCAUAAACCCUGGUCAUGGAUCAGCACCAGAUGCCACCAUCACAGCUGAGUUGCUGUAUCUUGAAACCGAGGAGCUUCGCACUUCCCACGAUGCUUUGCCAAUCCGCUCCUCGCUCACCCCCACAAAGAAAGUAGACGUGGAUCGCACCGUCAUGCCGGAUGGAACCAUCGUCACCACGGUUACCACGGUCCAGUCCCGAGUUAAACUCGACCACAGCCCAGGUGACUCGCCCUUGUCUUCUUCAUCCAAAGUGGAGGUGAAUGAAAGCAAAGCCACCGUGGUGUCUGAUGACCGGGACGGCAGCGGCAGCCCCAACCCGAGUAAGAGCAGUCGGCUCUCUAACGGCCUGGAUCCCGUCGCGGAGACGGCCAUUCGGCAGCUGACAGAGUCGGCGUCCAAAACAGCAAGGAAGACCCCAACAAAACGGAGCACACUAAUCAUAUCCGGAGUGUCAAAGGUUCCACUCACUGAGGAUCACUGUGCGUUGUCAAGCGGCUACGCAGCAUCCAUGGAUGCAGCCAUGCACGGCAACCAUUACAGGGGAGGUCAUCACCAGGACCCGGAUGAAACCACUCCCUCUGAGGUGUCGGAGCGUCCGUCUGUGGACGAUGUAGAGUCUGAUACUGGUUCUGCUGGUGCCUUGGAAACCCGCAGCCUGAAGGAUCAUAAAGUGGGCUUUCUCCAGAGCGGCUCGAAGCUUUUGUUUCGUAGAAAGCAUCGAGAGAAGGAGCCUUGCCUCAGCCAGUCCCACGAGGACAUCUCCAACAUUGGCAACAACUUCGCUGCUCCAGCUGCAAGCAGCAUCCGUAAAAAGUCUGGCAGCUUCUCGCGGCGUCUCAUCAAACGCUUCUCCUUACGCUCGUCUGGCAAGUCAAAAGGCAAAGCUGCUUCUACGAACGGAGGAGCAAGCUCAGUGGAGAACUGAUCGAUAUCACGAGGGUCGUUGUAGCUCAAAAGGAGCUGCUGGAAUCGCUGAACACACACUGUGGGCUGUCACCCACACUUCUAAGGAUGCCGCUGGGAGGGAUCCUGUCUAGAAACAAGGAAUUGCACCUUCAACACAGAAGUCCUGUGACCGAAAUGCUGGAUCUCAAAUGUGAUGAUGAACUCUUUUUGUUUGUUUGAGGAGACAAAAUCGUGCUGCUUGGUGAGAAGGAAGUCACUACGAUGAAACACUCCUAACACACACUAGAGGGUUUGAUCAGAAUCGGUGGUGGAUAUACUCAGACUAAUGAUGUAAAUGCACUUUGGACUGAUGCUUUAUUUGUUUUUUUUACAGCACAUGUAAAAUUUUGUUGGGUGUAAAAUGAUAAUUUAUUAUUCUGUGUGAUUUAUAAACCAUAUUAUUUAUUUCAUCAACCCAAAACAAGUCAUCCUCGCUGCAUUGCACUGUAAAAUAGUGACGUUGGCAUUCUUUUCUAUGCAAAUUUAAUUUUGAAGACCUUUAAGUAAGUUAAUAUAACUUUCUCUGUUAAAAUGUGUUGUUUAUUUGUGAUUACUUAAAAAUUACUUUUAAAAUUCAUGUUUAAUCGCAUAAAAAGCAGAGAAGAUGGUGUAUUUAUCGUAAUUUUGUGUGAUAAUUAUUUUCUGUGGAAUAUCAUAACUAUGGUUUGCUUUUGAUAGUUCAGUCAGCAGGCAUCUCGUGCUGGGCAAUAAGCUUAAUCUGUAAAAAAUAAAAAAUAAAAAUAAAGAAAGACGAUCAACUUUAAAAAUAAACAUGUCGGUAAACGAUUUACAAUGAUCAGGUAUAGCUGAGUUGCAGCAGCUCAGUGCUUCACUAAGAAAACAUAUUUUACAACAAACAGUCACACAUUUGAUUAAUUUAUAUUACACAAACAGCAAAAUGUUGUAUUUAGGAGAAUUAUUGUCAUAAACAUAUUUAAUUCAAUCCACUUGGACUGUCAGGGUUCAGCUCAGGCAAAUAGAACCAAGUUUAAGAGUUUUUUAUACGUGGAACUGCUCUCAGGGCUGGAAAAAAAUAUUAACAACUAGACACACAAAAUGAUAAUUGCUGCAGCAAUCAGAACCAAUUGUAAAACUGUACAUAUGAUUUUUUUUCUCUUAUAAAAACCUCAUUUGAAAUAACUGCAAUAAUUUUGGGACCUCAUAACAACCAAAAUCAAUUAUUCAAUUACUGUGUUUUUAAAUAAAUAUUUAAUCUGAUUAAAUAUUAUCAAAUGGACAUGCCAAACAUUAAGCCAGUACUGUAUGGACAAUACUGUCAAACUAAUUAAAAAUGCAGAACAGAUCAAAACCACUCUCCUGCCUGAAAGCACACAUACAUAUACAUGUAGUGAUAUGUGAAUGUAAUUUGAAAAAGUGGCUGUAAAAUUCAAGAUGUGAGGCCCCAGUUAUAUUUUGAAAAUGUAAUUUAUUGCAAAUAAAUUAUUUUUCAACCCUAAUGUUGAUUGUGCACUUAGUUAAUAUGGUCUUGUUUUUGUAAAAGGUAUAUAUUUUUACCAGUAAAAUGGUUAUUUGCUGAGCUGCCUAGGAUUUAAAUUAGCUUCGUCUCAGUGGGGGAGGAUGGUGGAAUUUUCCAUGUCUUGCUGGCCCUCCCUCACACAGUUUGUGCAGUGUAAGCUUACUUCAAGCACAUUUUGCGCAUUUUAAUAAAUUGUCCUCAUGUAUAAUUGUGAUACAUGUGUCACCACAUUUCGAUCUUGGUCAAAAACCCUGACAACAUUAUUCAAUACUUUACUGUAUCAAUACUCAUUAAAUCGCUUGAAAUGUUCACUUUUCGUUCGGUAACGCGCCAAAACGUUUAAAGCUGGAGGGAAGACCGUCUAUUGGUCUUCCUUCUGACACGUGACCCGCGUGAAACUGGGUGAACAAAUAAACAACCAAUUACCUUUGUCUAUUGGUCAGACUCCUCGAUGAUUGGUGUAGAGCCAGAGCAGCCAAACCAAUAGUUACUGGCUUCCUGGAACGUUUGAUCUCCUAAAGCCAAACAAAUGAGAGCUUCUCUCUCUAGCAUCCAAUAGUAGUUUGGGGCGGGACUAACGUGGAGGCUUAUAUAUGGCUCGGCGAGCCUUUUUUCUUUCUACUUUGCGAUUUUCUGCAUUGAAAUCAUAUUCGUGGAAGAGAACUUCAACAAUGUCUGGAAGAGGUAAAACCGGUGCUAAGGCCCGCGCCAAGGCGAAGACCCGCAGCUCCCGCGCCGGUCUGCAGUUCCCUGUGGGCCGUGUUCACCGUCUCCUCCGCAAGGGAAACUAUGCUGAGAGAGUGGGCGCCGGAGCUCCUGUUUACCUGGCUGCGGUCCUCGAGUAUCUCACCGCCGAGAUCCUGGAGCUGGCUGGCAACGCCGCUCGGGACAACAAGAAGACCCGAAUCAUCCCUCGCCACCUUCAGCUGGCUGUCCGUAACGACGAGGAGCUGAACAAACUGCUCGGUGGCGUGACCAUCGCUCAGGGAGGCGUGUUGCCUAACAUCCAGGCCGUCCUCCUGCCCAAGAAGGCCGGCCAGGCAGCACCCAGCUCCGGCAAGGCGGGAAAGAAGGCGUCCUCUCAGUCUCAGGAGUAUUAGCUUCACGGCUAACAACAAUGAACCCAAAGGCCCUUUUAAGGGCCAACCACCGACCGAAAGGGCAACUUUUCUAGUUUAUCAAUGUCGCUCAAAGCAUAUUUUGUUUGGGUUAUUGAAGGCUUGUGUUAAGGUAAUUUAUUUCAGGCUAGAUCCUUUGCUAAGAAACAAGAUUAGGCUAAAUUUCCCCAGUUAGCCUGAAAUGUCACUUGAAAAUCUUCAUCCUGAGUUUUUUUCAUCCUUGAAUGUUAUUUAAAGUAGCAACUCUUCUGCAACUGACCAGAUCCAAUGCUAGCUGCACACACUGGCAACUAAACAUUUGUUAUGCAUUGCACUCAGGUUCUCAGGGCUGCUGUAUGUUUUCAUCAUGUGAAACGCCUGUUCACAACAAAACGGUUUCAUUAAAAGUUCUGCAAGACAACA